AUGCGUCUCCCCUACGUCGACGAUGACCCCAAAAUGUCCAACGCAGAAGACCAAGCGGUAGUCGACCGCGUAAAAGAGCGACGAGGCGGCAAACUCAUCGCCCUCGACAAAGCACUCCUGCACGCCCCUCCCGUCGCCGACGGCUGGAACUCGUUCCUGAAAUCGAUUCGAACCCAGACCACCCUCUCAGACUCCAUCCGCGAGCUCGCAAUCUGCCGAGUGGCUUCCGUGAACCAGGCAUGGUACGAGUGGGAUGCUCAUCGGCCGAUUCUAGAGAAGGCGAAUGUACUGCCGCAGGAGGUUAUCAAUAAGAUUAUGGAUCCAAAGUGGGAUGGCAGUGGGCUGGAUGAGAAGCACUUGGCGGUGUUUGAGUAUACGAAUGCGAUGACUUUGGGAGUCAUAGUGAGGGAUGCGGUAUUUGCGAAGCUGAAGAGUUUCUUCAAUGAGAGGGAAGUGGUGGAGAUCACGGCGACUGUGGCGGCAUAUAACACGGUGUCGAGGUUUCUGGUCGCGCUGGACGUGGGAGAGAUGCGUGAGAAGUACAAAGUAGAUAUGGAUUGA